AGGCAGCCUCUUCCCCACGCAGCCCCCCACUAGCGCGCCAUGUCCGAAGGACAGUCUCAGCGCUCGGUCGCCUCGAGCGUGCGGCACAGGCAGGAGGCCGAGCUCGCCGCGGCAGAGGAACGCGAGCGAGCGGCGGCAGAGACCGUUGCGACGACGGCGAGGGCGUCAAGGCUGGCGGCGGAUGCAGCUCGUGCGGAGGCAGUGAAGCUCAAGGCUCUACGCGGCAGUAGCAUCAGCAGCUCUGCCUCUAUUGACGGCAGCACCGAUGUGGAACUCAAGCUGGCGAGGGAAGCAGCGGACGGCGCAGUGGGCAGCCGCGCACCCCCUCGGGCGCGGUGGCGGCAGUCCAGACGGGCGUGGAUGAGCCGGCGGCGCUCCUGGCAAGGGCGUGCGCAGCGACCGCGCUCCUGGCAAGGGCGUGCGCAGCGACCGCGCUCCCGGUGGUGGCAACCCAGACUGGCAUGGACGCGCAGGCGGCACUCCUGGCGGCGGCGGCCGCGCUCCUGGCGGCGGCGGCCGGGUCGACGUAGAUCGCGGCCUUUACAGGCGGCGCGGCUCUCCCUCCCCGGACCGGUGCCAUGGUCACCACGGGAUUCAGGCUGUUGUCAGGGACGUUGGCCCCGGCGGUGGGUGGCCUACCCUCACCAAGACCAACUAUGUCGAGUGGGCCGCGGUAAUGAGGGUAAGGCUCCAGUCCCGCCCAAGAUGCAGUUCUCGCUUUCCAAGAAGCGGACUGACAAGGAGGCCUGGGACGCCAUUGCUGCGGCACACAUCGGCAGCGACCGCGCCCGCAAGUCCACACUGCAGGAACUUCGCAAGGAGUGGGAGAAUCUGGCCUUCAAGCCAGGUGAGGAUGUUGAUGACUUUGCUUUCUGUCUCAACACUCUGCUACAAAAGAUGGUGCAGUACGGCGACGACACCUACGAUGAGGAGAGAGCUAUUGAGAAGCUCUUCCGCUACGUCCCCGAGAAGUACAAGCAGAUCGCUCGCUCGAUCGAGUCUCUGCUAGACCUCUCCACGAUGUCGAUCGAAUAGGCGAUAAGUCGCCUCAAGCUUGUCGACAACGAUG